CUCAAUCUCAUUCAAGUUUCACUGAACCAUGUCGGACGGAUUUACACUUCGCAAGAAGGCCAUUCUAAUUGCCCUCAAUUCAGACACACCAGACAAGUCCCCCAAAGGAUACGUCGAUGAACCUCUGUUGCCGUUGAUUAUGCUUGUCAAUAGUCACAAGGACUAUGUGACAACAUCAUCGUGCUCUGGUCGUAUCUGCACUUAUCUUGAAGGCUUGAAUGAAUCCAGUGCCAUCGAACUCAAACAACAACAGAGGAGUGAACCUCAAGAAGAUAGCAAUCAUAAUACUGAUAGGAGGAGCAAGGACAAAGAGGAAGAGGAAGAGGAAGAGGAAGAGGAAGAGGAAGAGGAAGCGCAGAUCGCUGCAGGAUAUGCAGAGAAUACUUCAUUAGCUGCGGUAGAAGCAGCCAAGCGGGCCAAAGGCGGGCAAUGGCUUUAUGUCAGUCAUGAGUCUAUUGUUAUCACACCAGAGCAGGACUCCAGGGAUCAACACUGGAUUAUUGACACACUCUUUGGCUCAGAAGCGCAUAGAGUUGUCUUAAUGGAGGAUGCCAUGGGUGACAGGACUGCUGAUAUGGCCAAGGCACAGUUGGUAUACUUCAAGUUUGAACCGAUGAUUCUCCAUAUUGAAGCGGCGACACCUACAGCUGCAAAGACAUUUUUAAACCACUCCUUAUUCUCAGGCUAUCGGAACUCUGGGAUCCUUCCGUCCGCGAAGCGAACUAUGCUGGCCAUCCGCAGUACCCUCAAGAUCGAUGCCCCAAUAGCCUAUAUACCUUCCACAGCGUCUUCAGCACACGCUGCAACGACAACGCUAACAUCAAUGAACACUAUUGUGGAGCCAGAACCAAAGAUCCAUCUAAUAGUUUCAUUAUCGUAUCUACGUUUGCUGAUCGAGAUGAGUAAUGACAAAUUCCGCAUGAAUACGGCUCAAAUGAGUCGGUUUGAAAAGCGGUUGACAGAACACUUGAAAGAGGAGAGCGACAAAUCGGCAAAGAAGGGGGAUCAGGGAGAAUGGGAGGAUAAAGAUGCUCGGAGGGAACGCAAACGCAGAGAAGGUCUCCUCAAGCAACAGGAAGCUGCCAAGGCGAGAGCUAGAGUACCAAAACAAGAAGAGAUGUUAACUGAACAACCGAUACCUUCGUCACCACAGGACAAGCAAAUAGAACAAUAAAGC